AUGGGCUCCCAAUCCUCCAAAUGCCCGAUCGAGGUCGAGACAGGGUUUGGACCUUCGGCCGAUUGCUACGACAACUUCGACUUUACCCUUCUGUUCGAAGAGUCUAUCUUGACCAUAAUUCCCACUCUAUUAACACUCUUUCUUCUUCCUUGGUUCAUUCUCCGGCUGCGAAAGAGUGAGAGGAAAGUAGGGGAAUCAGGGUAUUUCCUGGAAAAACCGGUUGGAUGGGCUGCACUUUUUGUGGCCACUAUCGUGCUAGUCGCCCUGACUAUCGAUCACCACACACCAAAGACACGAACCUCAAUCGCUGCCAAUAUCCUUGUUCUCAUUUUGAUUCCCGGCCUUGCCUUGCUAUCUUAUUGGCAGCACCUACGCAGUGUCCGACCAUCUGGACUUUUAGUGCAGUACCUUGCUCUGACUCUCGUGUUUGACAUAGCUCGGUGUAGGACACUAUGGGGAAUUCAAUCGGCCGAGAGUGUCGCUACGGUGCUCAACGUCGCCAUCGGCGUCAAAACGGCCCUGUUAAUUCUAGAGGCAACUGAGAAGCGUGGCAUUUUGCUUCCACAAUAUAAAUCGCUGCCUGUAGAGGCUACAUCCGGAGAGCUGAAUCUAUGGUUUUCGUGGUGGUUGAAUCCAAUUUUGAUAAGCGGUUUCAAGAGGCAGCUGUCAAUGAAGACAUUGUUUGAUGUUGACCCGGUGCUUAAAGCUGGAGAGGAUGAGGGUAGUUUGGCCAAAGCGUGGAAGAACUGGAAAUGGAAAGAGUCCGGGCUAGCUCUCAUGAUUGUUUGUAUGUUACAUAGUAGGCUCCCUCUACUCAUGUCCAUUUUGCCCCGUCUCUGCCAGAUUGGAUUCACAGUUGCUCAACCAUUUAUCCUUGAGCGUACCCUCGACUAUAUCCAGGGCACGGGCUACGAGGAUCGACCAUCCGUUGGUACCAGUCUCAUUGUGGUAUAUAUCAUUGUUUACGUCGGUAUUGCUAUCACGACGGCUUUGGCGCAACAUUGGACGUUUCGAAUGGUCACGCAGAUGAGAGCAGGCCUUGUCGACUUGAUUUAUCGCCACACUCUCGAGAUGUUUCCCACGGCCCUGGAAGGCGCUGACGCCGUCACCCUUAUGAGUACCGAUGUGGAGAGAGUUACUAGCGGUCUUCGCAUGUUUCCCGAGUUGUGGGCCAACAUCAUUCAAAUUGCGGUGGCUAUCUGGCUGCUUCAGCGGACGCUCUAUCUCGCCGUUCUAGGACCAACACUUGUGACAAUCGUCUGUACCGGUCUUGCAGUAUGGGUGGCUUCAGGAGCUGGUGAUGCCCAGAAAUCUUGGUUAGACCGGAUUCAAUCCCGAGUGGCAGCGACGGCUAGUAUGCUUGGGGUUAUGAAAUCUGUCAAGAUGACCGGUCUCACCAAACCUCUUGGCAAGAGAAUAAGCGACCUCCGCGAAGAGGAAGUCAAGUCAUCUUUCACCUUCCGUUUCAUUCUCGUCAAGCUGGUAACUCUGGCCAACAUCUCGGAGGCUAUGAACCCGGUAGCCGCCUUUGGCUUAUACAUCAUCCUUCAGCGCUCCAGCGACUACAAAAUCAUGAACACACCCAAAGUUCUGCUUUCGUUGGUUCUUUUACAGCUUUUACUGGUUCCUAUAGCCAUGCUAAUCGAUAGUAUCGCCGGCUUCGCUGGUGCUAUUGGGUGUUUCGGUCGAAUUCAGGAGUACCUAGGCACGGAAACCAGACGAAAUCCAGCGUGGGACAGCGGGAAGCUGAUACCCUAUCAACCAAUGAGCACUAUAUUUCAAGAGACUGCCAUAAAUUUUCAUCGGGUUGUCGCUGGAUGGAAAACGGGCUUUCCUGUGCUGAGAGACUUGACCUUCCAGGUGCCUCGUGGCAAAUUUACCAUGAUUGUUGGCCCCGUAGGUUGUGGAAAGUCUACUCUACUUUACACACUGUUGAGAGAGACUAUAAUUAGUGAUGGUUUAAUAUCCGGCUCUCUUGACGAAGUAGCGUUCUGUUCACAGUCGCCAUGGAUUUUGAACACUACAGUACAGCACAACAUCACUGGUGGGUUUGAUCUGGACAAGACGUGGUAUAGUACUGUGGUCCAAGCAUGCCAGCUGAGUUAUGAUAUUGCUCAACUGCCACAAGGGGACCAAACAAUUGUGUCCAAUCAAGGAAUGGGCCUAAGUGGAGGACAGCAAGUACGCCUAUCACUCGCCCGAGCCAUAUAUUCUCGUAGGAAGGCCAUUGUCUUAGACGAUAUUCUUAGCGGCCUUGAUGCAACGACCGAAAAGUCCAUUUUCUCGUCUCUCUUCGGUCGAUACGGACUACUCGCCCAGCACAGAGUAACGGUUAUCCUUGCUAGCCACGCCGUCCAUUGUCUUCCUGAAGCCGACCAUAUCAUUGCCCUUGGUCAGGGUGGUCACAUCAUCGAACAGGGCACCUGGGAUGAUCUGUCAAGGGCUCAUGGUGGCUAUAUUAAUGGGCUCCAGGUUCAAGAACGAUAUGCUCCAGGCGAAAGUAGCAAGAAUGGCGAAGCCACCAACAGAGAUGACUCCAAGCCUGUGCUCCCUCGGGUUGAUGAGACUGGCGACGCGCAAGCUGGCGAUUUUUCUGUUUAUUCCUACUACGUCCAGUGUUUCGGAUGGCCUCGAUUGGGCAUCUUUGUCAUGAUCAGCGCCGUCUUCGGCUUUGCUAUCAUCUUCUCCCAGGUCUGGGCGGAGCGGUGGGGGAAUUACAACACUGCGCAUCCCAAUGACCGCGCGGGAUACCACUGGGGAGUAUACUUUACCAUCGGUGUUCUGGCAAUCAGCUCUUUGGUUACUGGCUGCACCUUUUUUGUCAUGAGUCUUGCUCCUCGCGUGGCGAGAAGAUUUCAUUCCCGACUCCUGAGUACAGUCCUGAGUGCUCCUCUAUCAUUAUUCUACACGACAGACAAGGGCUCCAUCACGAACAGAUUCAGCCAGGAUCUAGAGCUUAUUGAUCUAGAGCUACCUGUUUCUCUCGUCCAGACGAUCAUGAUUUUAUUUAUCAUCACCGCGCAAACACUGCUUAUGGCGGUGACAUCCAAGUACCUGGGGGCAGCUCUUCCCUUCAUUCUUGGUGCUGUAGCCCUACUCCAAGUAUUCUAUCUUCGAACAUCACGUGUACUGCGUCUUCUAGAUGUUGAAGCCAAAGCUCCUCUCUUCUCCCAUUUCCUCGAAACGCUCAGCGGCGUUGUGACGAUUCGGGCCUAUGGCUGGCAGAAGGCAUACACUAUGCGCAAUAUUGCCCAAAUCAAUGAAUCUCAAAAGCCAUUCUAUGCACUCCUCUCUAUCCAGCAAUGGCUUGGCCUUGUUCUGGACCUUGUAGCCGCUGGUAUCGCGGUCAUAUUGGCAACUAUUGCAGUCAAGAGUAAAGGAAAGACCGACUCUGGCCUAAUCGGCCUUGCUCUUGUCAACAUUGUUGGUUUCGGCGGCGCUAUCAAGAAGCUGAUUGUGUUCUGGACGCAGCUCGAGACUUCCAUUGGUGCUGUCAGUCGCGUUCGGACUUUUACUCUCAAUGUGCAGCCAGAGCACCGACUUCGGGAGAGGGAACCAGUACCGCCUAAAUGGCCUGAAGAAGGCGGAAUUGAGUUUGAUAAGGUCGUGGCCUCGUAUGACGGGGAAAACAAUGUCUUAAAAGGCAUUUCACUCAGCAUCCAGGCCGGUCAGCGGAUUGGCAUUUGUGGACGCUCGGGAAGUGGCAAGAGUACUCUGGUAUCGGUGCUUUUCCGAUUGCUGGAGCUCUCACAUGGCAGCAUUCGCAUCGACGGUAUUGAUAUCGCAACUAUUCCGCGUGAAGAGGUUCGCUCACGCAUAAUUGCCCUCCCACAGGACGCGUAUCUUCUUCCAGGCACUGUCCGUUUCAAUAUCGACCCGCCGGGUGAGAGGUCAGACGGAGAUAUCACGGACGCUCUCCGCCUGGUCGGUAUGUGGGAAAUAUUUGCGGCACAAGGUGGACUCGAUGCGCCUAUGGAAUUAAAUACUAUUUCGCACGGCCAGAGGCAGCUGCUAUGUCUUGCACGGGCGACGAUGCGCUGGUCAACGAUCUUGGUCCUCGACGAGCCGACUGCGGCAGUUGAUGUCGAAACGGACGCCACGAUGCAAAAGAUUAUCCGAGAAAGAUUCAAAGCGCAUACUAUCAUCACCAUUGCGCACAGAUUAGACACGAUCAUGGAUUAUGACCGCAUAGCCGUCGUUAAUGCUGGACGGUUGGCCGAGUUCGGUGAGCCGGCAGCAUUAUUAGGUGGAAACACCUUAUUCAGGAAGCUCUACAGGGACAUGAAUGGGAUGUAUUACGAGGAAGACGAGGGCACAGAGACUGAGGAAAACAAGCCGUACCGAAUAUCGGGCGAGAGUAACACUGGGACUUUGAUAGAAGAUGAAUAUCAGAUUGAUCAUUUGUAG